CCGAGAACACAGCCGCUUCACCACUUCGCGGAGGCCUCCCCCCGCCGGCUCGCCGCGCCCGCCAUUCCCGGCCUCCCGAAGGCCGCUCCUUUAAGUCGCCGCCGCAGAACACCGCCCCCUCACAGGCUCCGCGCGCUCCCCGCUUCCCGCCCGGUCCCGCCCCGGCGCCCAGUUUGAAGACUCCGUCGCGCCGCGGUGGGCAGGUGGCGGGUCCCGCCCGCCGCUGAGGACUCGCGCGUUUCUGGAGAGGUGUUUCAACAGGUGGCAGAACUUGAUUUGAGCUUUGAAAGGGGAGAAUUUGGGAAAGGGUGAUUCGAUUUCUCCUUCCAGGGAAUAUAUCAUUUGCCGGUGAGUUGGUGUUGUUGCAAAGUUUUCUGCUAAAAUUCAAGAGCAUAUUUAUCAACUUGAUGAACUCAAGUACUGGAAAGGCAUUGAUAGCCAAAGUAGUAAUUGAUACAUGGGAAAGGACCUAGUCUCCCCAUACUUCUGAAGCAAUGAAGAGGAAGUGGGAAGCAAGACUGAAGCAAAUUGAAGAACGAGCAUCCCAAUAUGAGAGGAAGCCGUUGUCCAUGGUGUACAGACCAAGACUGUCCAAACCAGAAGAACCACCCUCCAUUUGGAAACUAUUUCAUCGGCAAACUCAAGCUUUUAAUUUUGCUAAAAGCUGUAAAGAGGACGUUCAUGUAUUUGCUUUAGAAUGGAAAGUGGACGAUGGUCAACGUAUUUACCUUGUAACAACCUAUGCUCAACUUUGGUUCUAUUAUAAAUCCCGAAGACAUCUUUUACACUGCUAUGAAGUCAUUCCUGAAAAUGCUGUGUGCAAGCUUUAUUUUGAUUUGGAAUUUAACAAACUUGCCAAUCCAGGAGCUGAUGGGGAAAAGAUGGUUGCAUUACUCAUUGAGCAUGUUUGUAAAGCACUUCAAGAGUUAUACAGGGUUAGUUGUUCAGCCGAAGGUGUUCUCAACUUGGAUUCUAGCACUGAAGAAAAAUUUAGUCACCAUUUAAUAUUUCAACUCCAUGAUGUGGCGUUUAAAGAUAACAUUCAUGUUGGUAAUUUCGUGAGAAAAAUUUUACAGCCUGCUGUUCACUUACUUGCCAGUGAAGAUGAUUGUACGAUUCCAGAGACAACUGGCCAUGGAUUUUCCCAUUUUUCUGAAACAUCAACUAAACAAGAAAUUUCCUUUAGCAAAAUGUCCACAGAUGAGGAUAUAGGAGAGUGCUGGACAUCGAAUUCAAAGCAACUGGAGGGGCUGGCGUCAGCCAAGCAAAGCAGUCCUGACCUUUCAUUUUUAGUUGUGAAGAACAGCAUAGGAGGAAAGCAUCUUUUUGUAGAUCUAGGAGUUUAUACAAGAAAUAGAAACUUUCGGCUGUAUAAAUCAUCAAAAAUAGGAAAGUAUGUGGCUUUGGAGGUUGCUGAAGAUAACAAGUUUUAUCCUGUACGAUCAAAGAAUAUUUCUGAAGAAUAUCAGUAUUUCCUCUCUUCUUUGGUUAGCCAUGUCAGAUUCUCAGAUGCGUUACGAAUUCUGACAUGUGACAUAUCUCAAAAUAAACAAGACCGAGUUGAGUAUUUUAACAGCACCAGUACUUCAGUAGAAGCUGUUGAAGGUUUUCAGUGUUCACCUUACCCUGAAAUUGAUCAAUUUGUUCUCUCUCUGGUGAAUAAAAAUGGCAUUAAAGGAGGAAUUCGGCGUUGGAACUACUUUUUUCCAGAAGAAUUACUAGUUUAUGAUAUUUGUAAAUAUCGCUGGUGUGAAAACAUUAGAAGAGCCCACAAGAGUAAUAACAUCAUGAUUUUGGUUGACCUGAAAAAAGAAGUUUGGUAUCAAAAAUGUCAUGACCCCGUAUGUAAAGCAGAAAACUUCAAAUCUGACUGUUUUCCAUUACCUGCUGAAGUAUGUCUCCGGUUUCUUCUCAAACAGGAAGCGGAGGAAUUUCCAGCAGAUGACGCAACAAACAGUGAAACCAAGAAUCCUCAUGAACCAUCGUCUAGUGCGUUGCCAAAAGGUACAUUUUCUGAUGCUCACUGGGAUAAUGGCAUUGAUGACACUUAUUUUUUGGAGGCUACCGAAGAUGCUGAACUCGCAGAAGCUGCAGAGAGCAGUCUUGUUGGCUAUAAUGGAGUGGAUGAAAUUUCUGACGAACUAAUUAUAGAAGUAUUACAAGAAUAGCUAAUCAUGGACACUUACAUAACUGGGCUAUAUAAUUACUUGAAGACACUUAAUAACAAAUUAUAGUAACUUAUUAAACCGGUUAUAUCAACUAA